AUGCUUAGUACACAUCAGGGGCGGACUGACAACUCAUGGGCCCCUGGGCAAUAGGGGAUCAUGGGGCCCCUGUGUCCUUGCCCAAACUCAAAAAAGCCUAUGAAAAAGGUAAAAGGGGCAUCUUAUGGGGCCCCCUACUGACCCGGGCCCUUGGGCAGUGCCCGAGUUUCCAAAUGGUCAGUCUGCCCCUGCUACACAUUGAUUGGAUGUGCAGGGUGUGCAGCUAGACCUGGAACAGGUCUAUCUGCUCUGUCAAUGUGGCACAUGCUGCUUCUAAAUGUUUUCUGUGCUAGAGUUUAGUUAAUUCCCCUGCUUGUUUAUUUUAUUUACUGUUAGC